UAAAAACUUUGUAAUAAAAUACCUAUGUUUAUACUAAGUGGUAGGUAAACACUAAACAGUACAUAAUAAUAAAAUAACAUAUGGUCUUGAAGUGUUCCAUUAGUGUACCUAAUUGCGAUACAAGCAUGUUAUAACGCAUUGUAUUACUAGUGAUUCUUCCUCAAUUACUUACAUAGUUAUGUUUAAUUGUAGACAUCUGUGAUGAUUUCAUCAAUCACUGUCGAUAGAACCGCAAUAACUUUGUAUCUACAUUGUCACUUUAUUAUUUAGUUGUCUUUUAAUGUUUCCUCUAACAGCGUAUAACUUUAGGAUACAUGAUUGUCACGGUUGUUGUUCCACAUUCUGUCAAUAUAGUUUCAGGUCGCUUCACUAUUCAUGAUCCUCUGGUCGGUCGAAAGCGCGGUACUAGAUCCAGCCCUCUACUUAUCCCCGAGUCCACCGCUGACGGACACCAAGGAUACUAUUACUGCAGCUGAGCUAUGGAACCUGCCUUUGGACAGCAGGAUGGCUAGAGAAACAAGAGAUGGCCUGCCUCAGGAUAUUGAAGAAAGACCAGCAUCAAAAAGGAUACCACAUCCACUGGAAAAAGCGAAAUUUUUUUGGCCAUCGCUUCGUUCUUCUAACUACAGAACUGGCUCAGGCAAUGUCCAGGUUCCUUUAACAUUCAACCUAUCAGGACUGUACGGGAAAUAUUCUCCCGGGACUAUAGGGUCGUCUGGCGUGAUCGGCAGCUCUUAUGGGACGAUAUCCGAAGUUGGUGGAACAGUGGUCUCUGGUCUAGCUGGCAGUGGUUAUGGAAAAUAUAGAACGUAUUCUGGAUUGAGAAUCUACGGUGGGGAAAAUGGGCCAGCAUGGAGCGGGUGGGGCAACGGAAGAUGGGGGAACUAUGGUAAAGGAUAAGAUAGGUCGAAGUUUUGAAUAUAAUAUUUAUUUUGAUUAA